AUGAAACUCAACGUUAACUUCAUCACCCUCUUCUUCAUAACCCUAGCACUAUGCUUUGCAAUAUGCAAAGCGCAUGACUCACCCAGCGACGAAGAGCCUCAGUCCGAACCGCCACCGACGGAGUCUACAGAGGAUCAGGCAACGGGGGCCCCAGAAUCGGAGGACCCGGCAUCGGCUGACCCCGCAUCGGCGGAUCAGGCAUCGGAGGAACCGUUAGUGGACCCGACAUCUGAAGAAGCAAUGACGGAACCCUCCGUGGACCCGGUAAGAGAUGACCCUGCAAUGAAGGACCCGGAGGAAUUGUACGGGGACCUGACAUCUGCUAACACGGAAUCGGCGGACCCUCCAUCAGAGGACACGGAAUCGGCGGACCCGCCAUCGGAGGACCCGGCAUCAGAGGGCCCGGCGUCCGAGGACACGUCAUUGGCGGACGCACCAACGGCGGAGUCGCCAUUCUCGAACACCGUCGAGGAAGGCUUCUUUGGCGGGAGUGGCGGCGGGCAACUGCGCAAAGCGUUUUCCUCGUUCUUCGCCGAAAUCCGGAUGGGGUCGUUGCGCGGGAGCAAGACGAUUACGAUGCUGAACCAGUUCAAUCGCCAAGACCGUGACUCUGUGAAGGAAAUCUGCUCCCGCACGGACUACCCGGACGACUGCCUCUCCACCGUGGUGCCCUUCCUGGGAAACAAAUUCGACCUCAUGAGCGUCCUGGAAGCCGCCAUCAAGGCCUGCUCCUUCCAGACCAACUUCACCAUCUCCAUUGUCGACAAACACAUGAAAUCCUCAUCGGAUAUGGCCACCGCCCUCGCUAACUGCAAGGAGCAGUACACAACCGCCCUCCAGAGCCUGCAGCAGGCCUUGAAUGCCCUCACCUCUCACGACCUCGCCAACGUCACCGUCAUGCUGAGCUCCGUGAUGGCAGAUGUCUCCACCUGCGAGAGCGGCUUCGAGGACCUCAAGUUGGCUAGGGGUCGUUCUGAAGGCAUGGUCAGCAUAACGGUUAGCAACUGUCUCUCCAUUGCUGCCCUGAUUCCCUCUUAG